AUGGAUCAUGAUCCAUUGGAUGAAUUUAUAAACGGUUUGUUUAGCGAUGAAGCUCACGAAAGGCCAUCAGAUAAUGUUUCACCUGAGGAUAUGGAGUUCAAGUUGCCUGAAUGGUUUGAUGAGAAAAAAUAUAAGCAAGCCUCAUUUAGAAUAAUAGUGCUGGCUACAUAUGAUUACAAAGAACAAAUAUUAAAAAAGGCGAGAAAAAAAAUGGAAUUAGUGGAUGAAUACAUAGAGGGCCUAUUUUCUAAAGAUGCCUUCGAACAACCAUCUGAUACAAAAAAGCCUGAAGAAUUGGAGAUGAAAUUACCAGAAUGGUUCGAUGAAAAUGAAUUCAACAAUUCUAAGGGAGAAAAUUUGGAGCUGUAUGGUGGUGGAUGUUAG